GUUGCAUCAGCAUUGUCUAUAUCUAUAUCCAGAACACGCUGCUAGGUUAGCUACCUAAAAGCCGGUUUUUAAGGCAAAAACUGAUUGGGCGGAUUUUUGUAUCGUAUUAUAGCGUUUAUUUUUCAUCUUAGAAUGUCGGACGAGGCUGUCACCGAACAAAUAAAAGGCUUGCGAGUUGAGGAAGGAAAGCAGGGUGGCACGCCAGACAAGGCUGGUAAAGAUGGAGUGAAGAAGAAGAACAAAGGUGCGGGAGGAGACGUGGGCGUCAGAACCGAGCUGAAACCCCCACCUCAGUAUAUAGAAGACCGCCUGGUUCUGUAUAACAAGCUGAAGACGGAGCAUGAUGCCCUGUUGGCUGAGAGGGCAGCGAAGGAUAGCAAGCCCAUUAGGAUCACCCUGCCUGACGGAAAGGUGGUGGAUGGCGAGUCGUGGAAGACCACACCGUACCAGGUCGCCUGCAGCAUCAGCCAAGGCCUUGCUGAUAAUACGGUGGUUGCCAAAGUGAACGGUGAUGUGUGGGACCUGGACCGAGCCCUGGAGGGUGACUGCAACCUGCAGCUUCUCAAAUUUGAGGAUGAGGAGGCUCAAGCAGUCUACUGGCACUCGAGCGCCCACAUUAUGGGGGAGGCCAUGGAGAGAGUGUAUGGAGGAUGCUUGUGUUACGGGCCUCCCAUCGAGAGCGGCUUCUACUACGACAUGUACCUCGAAAAUGAAGGUUUGUCGAGUAAUGACUUCCCGUGUCUGGAAAAUCUGUGUAAGAAGAUCAUCAAGGAGAAGCAGCCCUUUGAGAGGCUGGAGAUAAAGAAGGAGAGUCUCCUGGAAAUGUUUGAGUACAACAAGUUUAAGUGCCGCAUUCUGAACGAGAAAGUCACCACCCCGACGACUACAGUCUACAGGUGUGGUCCACUGAUUGACCUGUGUAGAGGCCCCCAUGUAAGACACACCGGAAAGAUCAAGGCCUUGAAGAUCCAUAAGAACUCUUCCACAUACUGGGAGGGCAAGGCAGAUAUGGAGAGCCUGCAGCGUCUCUACGGCAUCUCCUUCCCUGACCUCAAGAUGCUGAAGGACUGGGAAAAGUUUCAAGAGGAGGCCAAGAACAGGGACCACCGCAAACUGGGACGGGAGCAGGACUUGUUUUUCUUCCAUGAACUCAGCCCUGGUAGCUGCUUCUUUCUCCCGAAGGGGGCAUACAUCUAUAACACGCUGGUAGAGUUCAUACGGAGCGAAUACAGGAAGAGGGGCUUCCAGGAAGUUGUCACCCCGAAUAUCUACAACAGCAAGCUCUGGCAGAUGUCCGGCCACUGGCAGCACUACAGCGAGAACAUGUUCUCCUUCGAGGUGGAGAAGGAGAUCUUCGCCCUCAAACCCAUGAAUUGCCCUGGACACUGUCUCAUGUUCGACCAUCGGCCGCGCUCCUGGCGGGAGCUGCCGCUGCGCCUGGCGGAUUUUGGCGUGCUGCACCGUAAUGAGCUCUCCGGGGCUCUCACCGGCCUGACCCGUGUCCGUCGCUUCCAGCAGGACGACGCCCACAUCUUCUGCUCCAUGGACCAGAUCGAGUCAGAGAUUAAGGGCUGCCUGGGUUUCCUGCGUUCCGUGUAUGACGUGUUCGGCUUCACCUUCAAGCUGAACCUCUCCACCAGGCCAGAGAAGUUCCUCGGGGAAGCUGAACUCUGGGAUCAGGCCGAGAAGCAACUGGAGAACAGCCUUAAUGAGUUUGGGGAGAAGUGGGUGUUGAACCCUGGAGAUGGAGCAUUCUACGGACCAAAGAUUGACAUACAGAUCAAGGAUGCUAUUGGAAGAUACCACCAGUGUGCCACCAUCCAGCUGGACUUCCAGCUACCCAUUCGUUUCAAUCUAACCUUCGUCAGUCAUGAUGGAGAUGAUAAGAAGAGGCCGGUGAUCAUUCACAGGGCCAUCUUGGGCUCUGUGGAGAGGAUGAUCGCCAUCCUGACAGAAAACUACGGCGGAAAAUGGCCUCUGUGGCUUUCCCCGCGGCAGUUGAUGGUUGUGCCUGUUGGACCUGCUUGUGAAGAGUAUGCCCAGAGGGUGCGUCAGGAGUUCCACAGUGUCGGCCUGAUGACGGACGUCGACCUGGAUCCCGGCUGCACUCUGAACAAGAAGAUCCGAAACGCGCAACUAGCUCAGUACAACUUUAUAUUAGUGGUAGGAGAGAAGGAAAAGAGCAGCGACACAGUGAACGUCCGCACUCGCGACAACAAGGUCCACGGAGAAAGGAGCCUGACUGAAUGCAUGGAGCGCUUGAGGCAGCUGAAGGCGUCGAGAGCCCGCAAUGCCGAGGAGGAAUUCUGAGCUCUUCCAGCCUUCUCUCCAUAUCUGACAAUGGAGUUCACAGUCUCAGGGAUAUGGGGUCACUACAUACUGAGGCUCUGGGCAAAACUCUCCUGCCAAUUUGAACGAACACACACCUACACACACUCAAAUGUGUCAUUGGCUAACUGUGGCUAAGACAGCUAGCAGGAUGGCUCUCACAAAGUCACAGAUGCAGGUUCAUAUUAUUCCCACCACAGUAAUGAAAAAUGGUGUCCCUCAGUCAUACAGCUGUAGUAAUAAUGAUGGUUCUUAUUUUAAUAAUAGCUGUUGUGCCCUGUGUGCCAUGCGGGUAAUUCAUCCCUGAGAAAAUUCAGUUACCAUUGGUAUACUUGAAUAUCACUGCUAAAUAAUUUUCUCCACAUUCGCUAUACAGUUUACAUUAAAAUCACAGAUCACAUUUGUCAUGUUCUCUUGCUCUUUAUCUGGAAAUACUUAUACUUGUUUUUAAAAAAUAGUUAUCCUGCUUUGGAUAUAAAUGCAAGUUUAAAGGUGUAGUACAGUAGUAUCACGUUGAUCACUGUAAAUAACACUUUCAAAUCUAAGUGAUGUUUGAAGGAAUGCUCAGUGAAUGCUGUGGGCAACCGUUAUUAAUUAUAUAAAUUGGGGAAUUUCUUCUUUUGGUAUAAGGUUUAAAACUGUAAGAUACCUCUAUCGUGAGUUAGAAAUCUUAUGCAAAUAAAAUCUUAUUCUUGCAAUAUUUGCUUGUAGUUCCUGUCAACAGUAUUCAGUAUCAACGGCAUCAAAUUCUUAGUGACAAGCGAAAGCUACGUCUGCCCUACAUAGUAUCACUUUCAAUUUCUGUUUGACGUCCUAAAAUCCGUUCCAUUUCUCGGAAUUUUCCCAGCAGUGUGUGUGUGUGUGCACUCUCAGGAUAACUUCGUCAGUUCAUCGAAAUUAAUUUGCGAGGCAAAACCGACUGCAAUAAGAGAAAGACUUCUAAUACAUUUAAAGAGCUAAUCGAAAAUAUAUACACUUCAGUCCAUUUUAGGAGAUAAAACGAGCCAACGCUCCAAGAACACCACAGAUUUUACUCCCAAAAUGAGACAAGACGCCUUCGGGACAAUAAUAUAACAAGUGAGGCUGAGGGAUAGACGUUAUUAUCUAAUUAAAACGUUUUCCGUUCUACAAUGGAGUUCACAGAUGAAGAGAAGCUAUGGCUCCUGAGCAUAUCUGCAGAGGUACCUGAAGAUGGUAAACUCACUCCAGUAGAAGAGUCCUUGAGUGAAUUAGCUAGGCCAAAGACGGAAACUGAAGCCCAGCUAUUCCAGACAAUGGCUUCUAUACGUUUUGGACUGACAGACAUUGACAUCUCCAUGGACAUGUUGAAGAAACCCACACUGGAAAGGAGCAGCAUUAUUCUAUACCAGUGCGGCUAAGUAGUCACCAAAUAAAGUGGAAUAGACAGUGUUGUUACUGGUUCCAGGAAGUAUCCAAGUACAAACCCUUGGACAUUUUUUUUAGAUAACAGCUUUGAUUUUUUUUUUUUUUAAAGAAAGAAA